GAGCUCAACCCCAUUGAACAGUUUUGGGCUCUAGUUAAGCGUAAGGUUAGACGUCAUAGCCUGCGAGAUGCCGAAACACUUGAACAUAGAAUUGCUGAAGCUGCUCGUGAAAUUCCUAUUGAGCAUCUUAAGAACAUUAUUUUGCACUCUAAGAACCAAUUCGAGAAUUGCUUGAAUAAUAUACCAAUCUAA